GACCGCGCGCGACCCAAACUUCGUCACCCUUCUUCCUGGAGCCAUAUCCUUGCCUCCCAAAUGAAUCCGCCAACGAUAGUUCAUUUGAAUUACGCUUGAGAACAUGAGGGCGGCCGUCCUCUUCGGCCGUUUCUGUUCCAGCCGUGGUGGAACUCCACAGCUAUUGUCCCGCUUCAUUUUGCCGUCUCGACUGUCGUCAUGCCGGCAAGGGCUUGGAUGGAGGUCCCGGAAGCGGAUACAAACACCAGGAACUUUAUUGCUCUCUUCCCUAACCCCAGGCGUCUUCUUGAAGUUGGCCCAGGAAGGUGAUGGGAAUGAAAUGACUGGUGAGAUGCAGAUGCUAGAAGUUUCACGCCAAGAAAUCCGAAAGAGCGUCACGGACGAUGCGCGGGGCUUCUCGAGACUUCAACAAUCCCUUUUCGUCUUUUGGUAUUACUACGUAUAUGAUCCAAUAGCUACGGGCUUUCGAUUUGCCCAUCUGGUGGUCGUCUUCUUGCCCGUCAUCCUCACUGUCCCAGCCGUAUGGUUUGGGAAGCGCAUCAAAGCGCGCAGCGAUGUGCGGAGGGGGAGGCUGUGGUGGUAUACUUUCCUGGUCAGGUCGAUGGAACGUGCAGGGCCGGCCUUCAUUAAGCUCGGACAAUGGGCGGCCUCACGUACUGAUAUCUUCCCCCCUGAAUUGUGCAAUAUUAUGUCGUCUCUCCAUUCGAAUGCCCCUGCACAUCCAUUGCAGGAAACUAAGAAAACCAUAUGCAGGGCCUUCAACGGGCUAUCGUUUGAGGAAAUUUUUGAGGAGUUCUAUGAAGAGCCUUUGGGGGUGGGAGCCAUUGCGCAAGUUUACAAGGCAAGACUUAAACCGAACUUGGCGACAUUCGAGGAUCAAGAAUCCACACUAGAACCACAGAGCUUACGAGGAAAAGUCCGAAAGAAUGUUGAUGUUUUGAUGAAAAGUACGCCUCAGCGAGUUCCUUCUUCCUAUGUAGCCGUCAAAGUGCUGCACCCUAAAGUCGAGGGUGUGAUCCGAAGGGAUUUGAAGAUCAUGUCUUUCUUCGCUUCAUUUAUCAAUGCUAUCCCUACUAUGCACUGGUUAUCCUUACCAGACGAAGUCCAUCAAUUUGGGGAGAUGAUGAAGCUCCAAUUAGACCUCCGCAUUGAGGCGAGUAACCUUGUCCUGUUCCGUGAAAAAUUUAGAGCGCGCACUACCGCUUGGUUUCCAUACCCCUACAUGGAUUACACAACCCGUGAGGUGCUUGUGGAAGAGUUCGCACAGGGCAUCCCUCUGUCAACCUUUCUUGACGUCGGAGGAGGUGUCUAUCAGCAAGAAAUUGCAAAUGAGGGCCUUGACGCUUUUCUCCACAUGCUACUGAUCGACAACUUUAUCCAUGCGGAUUUGCAUCCAGGUAAUAUUAUGGUUCGGUUUUACCAACCGAGCGAGCUGGGCCUUACCCUUCGCAAACAUACUCGGGCGUCCGAUGCGCCAACCGUGACAGAGGUCGAUGUAACGGAGACUGUACUGGCACGACUACGACCACAUGUCCAUAAUCCAAAAGAUUGGGAGAGGGCACUUGAGCAGUUAAAUGCGGAAGGCUAUCGCCCGCAACUUAUAUUCAUCGAUACUGGUUUAGUAACCCAGCUUAAUGAGACUAAUCGGAGAAACUUCCUUGACCUUUUUCGUGCGGUCGCAGAAUUUGAUGGGUAUAGAGCAGGUCAACUUAUGGUUGAACGUUGCCGUCAGCCAGAGCAGGUUAUUAACCCGGACAUUUUCGCACUGAAAAUGCAGCAUCUAGUCCUUAGCGUGAAGUCACGAACCUUCGCGCUUGGAAAUAUUAGUAUUGGAGAUGUGCUGAGUGAGGUACUAUCCAUGGUUCGGGGCUACCACGUUCGGCUUGAAGGAGACUUUGUUAACGUUGUCAUCUCGAUCCUUCUCCUCGAAGGUAUCGGACGGAGCCUUGACCCAAACCUGGACCUCUUCAAAAGUGCUCUCCCCAUUCUGCGGAAGCUCGGAUCCAAAACCACUUUCUUAAAGUCUGUCCGAUCGGGCGACACUUCCAUGCUUCGCGUCUGGGUUGGACUUGAAGCGCGUGGAUUGCUGCAGGCCAGUAUCGAGACCGUCGAACUCUGCGUCAAGUCUGAUAUGUUGUCUCCGAAUAUAUAGGAAGGGAACAGGGAGGGAUUGCUAACUCAAGCUUCAGUCAGAAUGCUCUGGGCCGGCACUUGGGAGAAUAGAGCUGACUCAUGGAUAACAUGGUUUCGGAACUGCAAGAAAAAAUUUCAUCGAUAUGCUACCGGGGAAUUGCUUUGGCUCUUAUGUACAGUGUAUACACAUAUUAAAGCUUAAUCAAUAGUAGACCAUGGAGACAUAUUUUCUCAAUUGCGCUAUAAUAUUGUCUUAUAUAGAACACAUGGCUACAGCCGUUGAUAUACGGAAUAACAGCUCAGUUAGUAAGAGGCCACUCUGGC